AGAAUGGAUAUUUUUCUUUUUUCAAAACACAUACUUCCACUCACCCAUUUUGUCUCUCCUCCCCUCCCAACCCUUAAUUAAUGCCCUCUACCCACCUAUAUAUUCACCCCUUUACACCCUUCCCAUCUUUCCUAUCACACACUUCCAACAACAAUCAAACCUAAAACCCAAGAGAAAGAUCACACACAAACAACUCCUUAAUAAGUAAGAAAACACAAAAAAAAAACUAACAUGAACAUCAAAGCAUCUGUAUUUCUCAUCCUUCUCAUCAUAUCAACCAUCUUCUCCUUAACCCAAGCAACCCGAUCCAGCCCUAAGCCCAAAAACACCAAGCCCAAAGGUGAUGGUGGUGGGUUUGGAGGAAGUGGGCCAGGUGAUGACUUCUUUGGGCCAGGUGGAGGGUAUGGGAUACCCGGGUUUGAUGACCCGGGUAUCUUUGGAGGUGGGUAUGGGUAUGGAUAUGGAUCCCCAAGUGGGGGCCACUCAAAAAGUGGAACCAUAAGGCCAAGUAUAGUGUGCAAAGAAAAAGGGCCAUGCUAUAAUAAGAAGUUGAUAUGUCCCGCUAAGUGUUUUUACUCAUUUAGUAGGGCUGGUAAAGGAUAUGGUGGAGGAGGUGGUGGUGGUGGUUGUACUAUGGAUUGCAAGAAGAAAUGUGUUGCUUAUUGUUAAAGCUUCAUCAUGAGAUUAAUUAAGGAAAGAUUAAUUUUAAAAAGUGGUUGACUACAUAUAUUUAUCUUUGAUAAUUUGAUCAACUACUAUUACUAAUUAUGGUAAGUGGAUGUUAUUGUUGGAGCGUCUCAAUUUUAUGUUAUAUCCUAUUGAGAAUCGGGUCUUGUCUUAAUUGGAGCAAAUAUCAACUUUUCCAGAUUAGAUAUCAAACUCCAUUAUCACAUAUAGUUCUUUCCUUUCAUAGCAAUCAAAAAAAAUUAAUACCUAUUACUAUGGUUUUUCAAGAGUAAAUGUGGUAGGUUUUAAAGAUUUAAUGGAUUUUAUGUGUUGUAUUAUUAUGUUAUUAUUAUUAUCUUUAGUGUUAGUGGUUUAAUUGUGAGGGUAGUUUUAAUUUUAAUUUAUUAUUAUGUUGACUUUAACUUAUUUUCUUUUGGUCUAUGGUUAAUUUUCCUAUUUUGGUGGGUUUUUUUUUUGUUGUUUAGAUGUUGCUUCUUGUGGUGUGUAGUUUGUACUUUGUAGUGUUAUAAAAUCUUAAUAUGGUGAAAUAAAAGAGAGGUUUUGUCUUCUUGUUCUUGGUUCUUCUUUGGUGUUAUGUGUAUAUAAGGCAUAUUGAAUGAGAUUUU